AUGGAUGCUAGUGAAAAAAGAGGAAGAAACCUUCGUGCUAAUUGGUUAAUAAAUGGUUUCAGGCAAGCGGUGCUUGACUCGGGCUUGGUAGAUGUUCCGGUGGAGGGUUACCCUUUCACGUGGUUCAAAAGCUUAGGCACACCACGUGCGAUGGAAGAGCGGCUUGAUAGAGCGCUUGCUAACAGUGAUUGGUUCAAUCUAUUUCCUACGGCCAUUUUAGAAAAUCUUGCAGCCCCAUCUUCUGACCAUUAUCCUGUUCUCUUGAACAUAACUCCGGUGCAGCGCCCUCAUCUUCAUAAAUGGGGUUUUCGCUAUGAAAAUGUGUGGUUUUCUGAACCAGCUGAUAUGGUGAAUUGGAGUAGAGAACAUUGCAGCAAGCUAAAGCUGGAUAUUGAAGAUUGUAGGCGCCAAAUUCAAAAUGCUCGACUCAAUAGUAUAGGGUACAAUCAAGACCAGGUUGUGCGGCUGAGAAAGAAAAUGAGCAGAUUAUUGUCUCAAGAAGAUACUUAUGGCGGCAACGUGCUAAAGCUCAUUGGUAUCGAGAUGGUGACCGGAACACGAAAUUUUUUCACGCUUCAGCCACUGCAAGGAAGAAGUUUAACCGGAUUUUAUCUCUUGAGGACAACUCAGGUAACAAGGUCUCAGAUAGUACGGGUGUUACAGACAGCACCUUUUACCAAGGAAGAGUUUCGGGAGGCGAUGUUUUCUAUGCAUCCGGGUAAAUGUUCCAGGGCGGAUGGUUAUAGUCCGGGAUUUUAUCAGCAAUUUUGGAAUUUGUGUAGUGAUGAGAUUUUAAAAGAAUGUUGUACAUGGUUAGAUACAGGUUCUUUCCCACCAGACCUGAACAUGACAAACAUUACUUUAAUCCCAAAAGGUAACUCCCAGGCCUCUAUGAAAGAUUGGCGCCCCAUUUCACUUUGUAAUGUUUUGUACAAGCUCAUUUCAAAGGUACUCGCCAAUAGGCUUAAAAUUAUUCUUCAUAAGUGCAUCUCCGACAACCAGUCGGCCUUCGUUCCUAAUAGAUCUAUUUUGGAUAAUGCGAUGAUUGCAAUUGAAGUUAUCCAUUUUAUGAAGACAAAAACUAGAGGUAAUGAUAAGUUUGUUGCUCUUAAACUUGAUAUUAGCAAAGCCUAUGAUAGAAUGGAUUGGGAUUAUAUGAAGGCGGUUAUGGAAAAAAUGGGAUUUAAUCAGAAAUGGAUUCAAUGGAUGGUAAUGUGUGUCGAAUCUGUUGACUAUAGCGUUCUUGUAAAUGGGGAACAUGUUGGUCCGGUUAUUCCAGGGUGA